CCACAAAUGUAUUGUGUCUUGAGAGUAAAGCAAAUAUGGCACACUCCCAAAUUCAAAAGGUGGAAGCCAAUGUGCAUAUCAAGGCUUCUGCAGAUCAGUUCCAUGAUGUUUUAUCCAACAGGACACACCAUAUUGCCAACAUUUUUCCUAAAGUAGUAAAAUCUGUUGAAAUUCAUAAAGGUGAAUGGGGUACUGAGGGAUCCAUCAUCUCCUGGAGCUAUUCACACGAUGGGAAAAUUUGUGUGGCCAAGGAAGUGGUUGAAAGCAUAGAGAAGGAAAAGAAUAAAACAGUGUUCAAGGUUAUAGAUGGUGACCUACUGAAACAUUACAAGAACUUCAAGCUUAUAGUGCAAGCUACUCCAAAGGAAGAUGGAAGUGUUGUGAAUUGGGUUCUGGAAUAUGAGAAACAAAAUUCUCACACUCCUGACCCUUACACCUUAUUGGAAUUGGGAAUUGAGAUGACCAAAGAAAUUGGUGCUUAUCUAACUAAAUGAAUGCCAAUAUUAUGCUAUAUGAGAAAUAACAAAUAAAUUAUGUGUUAUGUGACUUAACAUAAUCCCAUCAAUUACAAAGCUUAAAAGCUUAAUAAGUUGUAUCAACCACCUACUUAUAUGGUGAAGCUGUGUUGUGUCUUUGUAACCUACUUAUAUGGUUUCAUUAUAAAAACAUUGCACUGAAUUUUAUAUAUUUA